AUGAAGGAUUGCCUCAGCAGGGCUCAGAAUCAUGGGCAGCUGGCUACAAGAGAUGGAAGAGCUGCGACUGAGAGGCGGCAGUUCUGUCAAUGGCCCUGCAAGUGCCGGCAAAGACCUUAUUGUGCCCCAGGGGUGAGCUCGGUCCUGGAUGGGUGCGGCUGCUGCAAGAGCUGUGCCCGGCAGAUCGGAGAGAGGUGCAAUGAGAGGGACGUCUGUGACCCUCACAAGAGCAUGUACUGCGACUUCUCUGCCGACAAGCCCAGAUUCGAGGUUGGAGUGUGUGCAUACUUGAUGGCCGUGGGCUGUGACCUGAAUGGGGCCCACUAUGAGAACGGAGAAGCUUUCCAGCCCAGCCCCCUCUAUAAGUGCACAUGUAUCGCCGGAGCCAUCGGCUGCACCCCUGCAUUCAUUCAGAAGCCUGCGGGUCUGUUAGGCCCCGCCCCGCUGAUGGGCAACAUGCCAGCUGGCCUUCGCAGCGGCCAGAGCCCAAAGAAGCACCAGCAGGACACCACCUACAUGUCAGCUUACAGGGAUCCUCCUUUAGCCUGGAAGAAGAACUGUCUGAUCCAGACCACCCCCUGGAGCCCCUGCUCCAAAACCUGCGGCCUGGGCAUCUCUGUGCGCGUCAACAACGACAACGGCAAGUGUGAGAUGAGGAAGGACAGGCGCCUCUGUCUGCUGCGACCGUGUCAGAAGAGUGUGAUCAAGAGCAUCAAGAUGCCAAAGGGAAAAACAUGCCGACCCAAAUUCCAAGCGAAGAAAGCAGAGAAGUUGUCCCUCUCAGGCUGUACCAGCACCAAGAAAUUCAAGCCCACGUACUGCGGUGUGUGUACAGACAAGCGCUGCUGUGUCCCAAACAAGUCCCUCAUGAUCAAGGUCAACUUCACAUGCAAGGGAGGAUCCAACACGCAGUGGAAGAUGCAGUGGAUCACAUCCUGCGUGUGUCAGAGGAAGUGCAACGAUCCAGGUGACAUGUUUUCUGAGCUGCGGUUACUCUAACGGAUCCACUCAAGACGUCCAGAGACAUGAACGCAGGAGACGAGCCCCACUGUGUCAGAACACAUGCAAACUCAGGUACAACAGAUAUCUCCAGGAGGGGUUGUUUUAAGAAAUAUAGAAAUACAAGAUUACAACAAACUACAAAGAAUGACUGGAACCAUUUAAAGGAGAUUGUGCUUUAUACCUUAGGAUGUAAAUCACUCAGAGGAGCAAAACACUCAUCUGCAGGGGAAAAUCAAGAACUACAGCACCCUUGUUUUGCGAUGUGAAGUUUGUUUUUGUCAAUAGUCUAGUAGCUUACCAUACGUUACCUCUGUUAUAUCUGAAGGUAUCUGAGCCUAAAGCUGUGUCCAAAUUCAGAGGCUGCAUCUUUUGAAGAGAGAA